GUGUGUUGGAGUCCCCCUUUAUGUCUUCCCUCCCCUUUUCAACCCUCUCUCCUUUCCGUCUCCUCUUCUGUGCUCUAUAUGUGGCUCUUGUGGAAUCUGCUCCAAAUGUUUUCCAUAUUAGUUCAGAGUCCUUUCUGAUUCCGAAUAGCAGGGAUCGCAUAGGUAGAGAAGCCUCCAGUGAGGAGGGAGGGCAAGGGAGCAGUCCAGCUAUAGAGCGCAAAAGAAACGGCAGACGAGAAAGAAAAGGAAGGACAAACAGAUAGAGGGCGAGUACAAGAACGUCCAGUCGGCCUCAAAGGAAGAUUAAGAACCUCCGCACGAGACAGGAGGAAUUAUGGGGUCGGGGACGAGUCCGAUGGGGUCGGCUGGAGGAGGCAACGCAACCGCUGGCAAGGAGAAGAAGGGACAAGCAGAAACUGGAGGCCAAGUGCUGGAGGAAGCCCAAAAAUGUUGUGGCUGCCGCUUUCCUUUGCUGGUCGCUCUGUUACAGCUUCUGCUGGGCAUCGCAGUAGCUGCUGUGGCCUUCCUAAUGGUUGCCAUUAGCUCCUCUCUGCUGGCCAGGGAGACGCCCCAUUGGGCCGGCAUCAUUAUGAUUGUGGUGUCUCUGCUGGGAUUCGUCCUCUUCUGCAUCACCAGAGUGCCUGAUGAGAGAGCGUCGGCUCAAUUUAUUGUAAAGCUCCUGUACUUCUUCCUGUGCACGAUGGGGCUGGUCAUUUCCGCAGUGGUCAUUGCCUUCCAGUGCUACCAUUAUGCCCUGACUAACAGCUACAGCUGCAAGGAAAUGGGGGAGUAUUGUUUGUGCACUCUGGACCCUGAGGAUCCCAUCGCCCGCACUUUCACCUACAGCGGCGUGACAGACUGCAGUGCAAUCGUAAGCACUCUACCCAUGUAUUACCUUCUGCAGAUGGUGCUGAACCUGGCUCAGGCUAUCGUCUGCCUGGUGGGGGCCUUCCUCAUGUGGAAGCACAGGUACCAGGUGUUUUUCGCUGGGCUACAGACGGGAUCUCCUUCUACCCACAAUUGGCAGAAAGUUUAGGGCACUGAGAGAUUUCUCUGGAGAAGUAAACAUGCGGAGCGUGGGUGUGUUUGUGCCUUUAGGGAAGAAACUGUUUGCUGCAGUGUCUGCCACACUGGGAGUUUUAUGUCAUGCAACCUUUUAUCAAAGCAGUUAAAUGAGUCUGUUUGUAUUGCCAUAUUAUAAUAUUUCAGGAAGUUUUAUGCAAUCUUUAGAGUUAUUGUAUUUUUCUAUAUUGGAAAUUUUUGAAAAUUUUCAACUUGUUGAGGUUAACUGUUUAUUUUUACCACUGCCAAGGAAAGUAUUUUUAUCUAUAUAACCAGUAAGUGACAAAACGAGACCUGACAUUUUAGGAAAAUGAGCGACACAAUCUGUUAUUGUGGUUGUUACUGUUGUGAUAAUGGCAUGCAUAAAAACGUAUUUAAUUGGCAGUAUGAAAUUUUUCUUAGUCCAAAAAAAAAAAACACCUUAAAAUGCAAUUAUUCACACAUUAACCUUUACCUUUGACUCUUUUUCUAACUUCAGGUGCGUUUAUUGUCCAUUGUUUCUGAGACAAAAUUCCUGGUGGUUAAUUUACUGUUGAUAUAUAAAUAUAUAUAUACUGUAUAUAUACAUACAUACAUACAGAUAUAGAUCUAGAUAUUUAGAUGGUGACCGUGAUUUCUCCAAGUACAACAUGUUCCUGGAUCAACAUCCUUGUUGAUCCUGGAACAACAUUCCAAUUAACCAAUCA